AUGCAGAAAGUAAAACAAAGUUAUGCAACAAAAAAGGAGCCGUCCGAAGCAGAGAUUGAUUCUAUAGAUGAUAUCAUAAGUAGGAACGAUUCAUCAAAGAAGGAGCAUGCAUCGAAACAAGUGCAUGUAAAAAGGCCUGAUGAUGUUCCAGAGAAAUUUCUUCAUAUGAACAACCGUGAAACAUUAUUAAGAGAUGACCUUUUUAAGGAGGAAUACACGUCUUAUCAACCUACAUUGCAGAUCAAAGCUGAUUUUAGUCAACAGAGUGACAAGUUACACCCCGCAAAAUUCGAAGUGGCAGGUAGUUCUAUGAACACCAAUGAAAAACUUGGCAGAGACGAAUUGUUUGGAAAAGAUAUAUCAAGAAAUUCGAUUGAUCUACUGAACAAAGAGGAAUUGAUGAAAGAAGACCAUCUAAUUAACACAAUAUAUGUAACGUACUCUAGGGGUCUAUAUAAAAAAAUGCAGUACAUAAAUGAAUGCGGUUUAUUGAACAGCUAUGGAAAGGAAGCAGAACCUGACAAUCAUAACAGUAUGUACAUAACAGAGAACAAUAGAUUAUUUAAGAAGAUUAAUAAAAUAAGUGCGGAUGGGUUUACACCCGAUGAAGAUGCGUCAGCGAUAGGUGAUGAAUAUGCGGAAGACUUAUAUUUAACGUGCCAAAAUAGUCUAUUUAAGAAAAUUCACCAUCAGGGAGAAGGGGAUUUAGAAAAUAUAGAAGAAUUAUUAAAAAGAAAAGAGAAAGAAGAAGCAAGGGAAUCUGUAGAGGAAAAGAUAUUACCACAGGAGAGGAAGCAGAACAUAUAUAUAUACUUGCGUGAAAAAGAGAAUGAUAAAGAUCCAGAUAAGAAUAAAAAUGAUUGGGUUAUAUAUAAACGCAUUGAAGAUGGCAAAGUAAAGGUUGAAUUACUAGAAGAUGUGCAGACAAUGAAUAAGCUUGUUGUAGCAGCCGUUGAUUCAGUAUAUAAAGACACAGAGGAAGCUCUUAUGAGAAGUGUCUUAGAACCGGCAAAGAAAAUGAUGAAACCCAAUAUGGAAGCAACAGAAGACUCACUUAUGAAGAAUAUCAUGGGGCUACAGGAAAAGACCACCAAGUCCAAUAUUAAAGAAACUAUGAAGAAGGUGGCCAAAUAUGAGUGUAAUAAAAUAACCCAAUUGAGGGAAGGAAAGGUGAGGCUAUUUCAACAGCAGCUGUCGAACAAUGUUAUACCGUAG